AUGCAAUCCAUACUUUACGGUCGUAGUAAACCUCGCAGUUUUGCUCUUCGCUCAACCCGGAUAGCCAAGGGCUCUCCAAAAAAUGUUAUAGUAUUUGAGAACAUUGACAAUUCAAAUGACUCUGAUCCACAAUGCAAUGUAAAAUUAUUGACGGACACAGAAUUCGAAGACGGAGAUUUCAAAAUGCUCCUUUCCCGGCCUGUUUAUGCUAUCUUCCUCGCUAUAGUGACAGAAUGCGAACAUAUUGGAUACAUUCGUCCUGGAGAGUCGAUUCAUCGUAUACUUGAUGUUGAAUUUUUAUCUUUAACUAAUAAUGCAUGGGACAUUAAUCAAUCACCAUUGUAUGCUGAAGAGAACACUUCGUCCGGCACGCAUCCAUACAUGCACGUAAAGAAGUUGCUUUCCAACGGGCAUUUCUAUUUCUCUUCUGACUUUGAUUUAACGAGAAAUCUCCAGGAGAGAGCAGGAGAGCCUCAGGUCAAUAAAUAUCUAUUUCAGGAGGGCUAUCUUUGGAACAAAUUCAUGAUUAACGAGUUGCUAAGUUUCCGGGAGAAGCUUGAUGAAAAGGACAGAAAAGAAAUGGAUUUAUGUUGCUUUUUUAUUCUCGCCAUUCAAGGCUACAUUGGGCGAAAAGAAAUGACAAUAGGAGACGAAAAUGUAUCCUUGGCCGUAAUAUCCCGAAUAAGCUGCGAGCGUGCUGGAUCUCGACUGGCUACUCGGGGGAUUGAUGAUGACGGAAACGUUGCAAAUUUUAUCGAGACGGAAACCAUCUUGCAUACGGACAAGUGGACGUUAUCGUAUAUUCAAAUACGUGGAAGUGUUCCAGUAUUCUGGGAACAACAAGGACUUCAAGUCGUGUUUCACAAAAUGAUCAUAUCCAGAGGUCCUGAAGCCACCCAACCGGCAACUCAACGACAUUUCAAUAAGCUUACACGCUGUUAUGACCAAGUGCAUUGUAUAAACCUCCUUUCCCAGAAAGAAGGGGAAGCCUUGCUUAGUAAAGAAUACAGUAAUCGCGUAAAAGAGUUAGACCAAAUAGAUGGCCAAGUAUCAUACACGCAUUUUGACUUUUAUGCGAUGUGCAAGAAUGGAAGUAUUGAGAGCGCAUCAUUGCUCAUAAGAGACAUAAGGCAUUAUUUGGAUGAAUUCGAAUAUUUCGUAUGGGAUCAAGAAAUAUGUGCACCAUCCUCAAUACAGAAUGGAGUGUUUAGGACCAAUUGUCUCAGUUGCUUGGACAGAACGAAUAUAAUUCAAACUUUAAUAUCUCGCACAAUAUUACAAACAUAUUUGCGACAGAAACUCAAUGCUAGCCAAUUUGAAACGGAGCUCUUACUUGGACACCAUGGGCAGUUGUGGAUAGAGAAUGGUGACAGCAUAUCCCAGAUCUCUGCUGGAACAGGAGCGUUGAAAUCUGACAUAACAAAGAGCGGCAAACUUACUUUUGCUGGCAUUGUCAAUGACGCAACAAAAAGCGCGACCCGAUUUUACAUUGGUAAUUUUCAUGAUAAGUUUAAGCAGGAAGUUAUUGACAUGCUACUUGGGAAGUCGGUCAAUCAGAAAUCAAUUGUAAUUCAUGAUCCCAUUCGUAGACUGGUUAUGAGAGAUUUACAAGAUAGACUUCACGAUUUCUCAGAAAAGCUAAAUAUAAAUGUGUUCGUCGGAACUUAUAAUUUAAACGGAGUUUUACCCAACGGAGAAUCUUUAGAACCAUGGCUGUUGGGCCUCGAGUGUGAUCCGGAAUUGUAUAUUAUUGGAUUUCAGGAAAUUGUUGAACUGAAACCACAACAGAUCGUGUCGGCUGAUCCAGAAAAAUUGCGCAUUUGGGUCAAACAUAUUGGUAAAACACUAAAUGAAAGGCCUCAGGGAAAGAAAUAUGUUUUAUUACGAUCGAGCCAACUUGUGGGGACAGCACUGGUGGUGUAUGCAAGGGCUGAUGUACUUCCUGCAGUACGGAAUAUUGAAGCAUCUAUGAAAAAGACAGGUCUUGGUGGAAUGGCCGGUAACAAAGGUGCAGUUGCCAUUCGCUUGGAUUACUACGACACUAGUCUGUGUUUCGUCACUGCGCAUUUAUUUUCUGGCCAUUUGAACUAUAUAGAGCGGAAUAAUGAUUAUAAUACAAUUAGCAAAGGACUAUGGUUCACAAGGGGCAGACUUCUCGAUCAUCACGAAAAUGUCAUUUGGUUAGGUGAUUUAAAUUAUCGUAUUGAUUUACCGGACGAGCUGCUGAAAAAUCAACAAGCAUCUAAAGCAGUGUUUGCUGAUUUCAAAGAAGGAGAGAUCACUUUCAUGCCUACUUACAAAUACGACAACGGAACCGACAAUUACGACACAAGCGAGAAGAAUCGCAUACCAGCCUGGACAGACAGAAUUUUAUUCCGUGGAGAGAAUAUACAAUUGAAACGAUAUUCGCGCGCUGAGAUACGUAUUUCCGACCAUAGACCCGUGUUGGCAUUAUUCAACGUUGAGAUUACCAAAUAUGACGAAUUGGCUAAGGAGCGGAUAAAAGAAGAACUGUACACAAAGAAGAAGUUAACCGCUGAGGUCAUUGAAACUGAAGUCACGCAAAUAGUAGCUGAAGAGGAAUCCGAGUUAUUGGCGAUUUCCGAAGAAGUCAGGACAAAUUUUUUAGACCCUUGUGAUGUUGCCACUAGCUCGGCGAGUAAAGGUGAUGUUGCUGAAGCGACAAUUACUACAACAAAGUUGGUGGACAAUGCAGAGUCUCCCCAAAGCGAGUUGUAUGAAUCAAUACUUGUUGACGUGCUUCCAACGGAAAAUAAGCAAGACUCCGUUACGUGUAAAAAGGAAUGA